GCCGUUAAAAUGAACCACUGAAAUAAACCGUUGAAAUGAUAGUUUAAAUAUAAUCAAUGAGUUUGUACGUCAAAUCUUGAGUGUGUUUAUAUCACAGCUGAUGAAGAGUAGACUCAAGUCGAGAACAAUAUUUCAAAUUGAAACUUCAGAAUUGUGUUCAGACAAGAAAAGUUUAAUUCAAGCAACCCUUUUCAUUUCAACUGGAGUACAAAAGACUACAGAACAUCGUCCAGCAACUAAACACGUCUGUCAAUCUGAACAUCCCAAACAAUAGAAGCAACUCACUCAUA